AUGGCGUCUGUUCCUGGAGGUGCGGUAGAGGGAAAUCCGACGGGGAUGCGGGCGCUUGUAGCUAGAAUCCAGGAUUCUUAUCGGAAUGCGAUAGCGCAGCAGCGGCCAUGGAGCGAGCUGACGGAUCGGUCGCUGUUCGCUAGACCCGACAAUCUUAAUGACGCGCUUGGGAGAAUUCGUAAAAAUACCAGUUACUUUCAGGCGAAUUACCUCUCGAUCCUUAUUGUCGUCGUUAUUCUCUGUAUGCUCUGGAAUCCGACUGCCAUUCUCUGGCUAGCUCUGCUCGCAGCUGCUUGGGUUUAUAUUUUCAUGGCUCGUACGGAUGCGCUGAUCAUCGCUGGAAGGACCCUCAACGAACGCGAGAAGUUCCUCGCCAUGGCAGUCAUAUCCAUCGUCGUCGUCUUCGGGCUGACGUCCGUCGGAUCUAUUCUCAUGUCGGGUCUGGUGAUGGGUGCUGCUGCGAUCGCCUUGCACGCCGCCUUCAGGAAGUACUGUUCCCAUUCCAACGGCCAUCUGAGAGGCAUCUAUCCGUCGGAUGCAGCUUGUUCAAGAUGCUGCAGUGUCAAACUUUAA